AUGCCUCCAUCCACGGAGCGCCGUUUGCCCCCUCCGCAGGUCAACUGCAAAUGGUGGAUGCGUGGGUAUUGCUCCCGGGGCAAGUCAUGCUAUUUCAAGCACGACGAGUCGACGUUUGCAGCGUUGAAGACGCAGGCCCAAGACGAGCCCAAUGUUGGAGCUCCAGCGACACCAUCACUCACUGCUGAACAAGCUGUUUUCCCCCCACCGUCGGCCAUAUCUCAGACUUGCGCAAUCUGCUACGAACUUCCCGAUCAAUACGGCCUCCUGGUUAACUGCGAUCAUGCUUUCUGCCUCGAAUGUAUUCGAAACUGGCGUGCCACAGCCCCGAAGAACCCGACAUUGGAGAACGAAUUGAAGAAGACGAGCAAGACUUGCCCCAUGUGCCGGUCACACAGCGACUUCAUCAUACCAAGCUCCAUUUGGCCGACCUCAACACAGAAGAAGGAGAUAUCGGAUGGAUAUCUGCGAAGACUGAAGACUAUUCCUUGUCGGUAUUUCGAGCAGAGUGCCAUGGAUACGGCCCCGGAUUACAAGUUCAAGUGUCAAUUCAGGAAUCAUUGUCACUACUCGCACAUACAUCCUGUUACGAAGGAGCCAUAUACAUUUCCGCCAGGAGAGCUUCAGCCUCGACGAAGACAUAGGAGAGGACGGUUGUUGGACGAGAUGGCUAUAAUGGAAAUGUUGUUCAGCGACUUGGCUGUGUAUGAUGAAUGGGUCGAUGUCGAAGAGGGUGAUGACGUCGUGGAGUUCAUGGGGCUUGGGGAAGUCGACGAUUUCGGGUACGAUUACGCAUGGGAAUAG